GACGUUAACCCUGGAAGAAAUCACACUGUAAUCGACGCCACCGGACAACUGCAGGAAAGGAUCUGCCUCCGUCAUAACAAGGCCCUGAAGUCUUCUGUCGAACUGAUCAGACUUGCAUCUGUUAUCUGUGCACGAUAGACCAGCAUAAAGGCCAUGACAUGAUCGCAGCUGCAGCAGAGUGGGAUAAUAAGAAGGAAAAGUUGGGAGCGAUCCAGAUAAGAUACCAGCAGGCAAUCCAGAAGAGAGAGAAGGAGGUACAGGAGCUGAGGAGAACAGUUGACACUCUGAAGAUCUCUGCGCAGUCUGCAGUGGAACACAGUGACCAGAUGUUUGAGGACAUCAUUCGUUCUGUUGAGAGAAGACGCUCUGAGGUGACAGAGCUGAUCAGAGAUCAGGAGAAGGCUGAGGUGUGUCGGGCUGAAGGACUUCUGAAGGAACUUGAAGAGGAGAUCUCUGAUCUGAAGAAGAGAGUUGCUGAGAUGGAGCAGCUUUCACACACACAGGAUCACAUCCAUUUCCUCAAGAAUGUAAGCUCCAUCUCUGAGAGUCCUUACAGUACAAUUCCAACCAACCUGGCCCUCAGCAAUUCCAUCCUCUCCUUUGAACCCGUGAAAACAUCUGUCUCUGCACUGAAGACGCAGCUGGAGGAGAAAUUAGAUUUCAUCUUCAAACAGGAAACGGUCAAGAUAUCUGAAGCAGUGGCAACUGUACAGAUGGUCCGGAGCAAGGAAUAUACUGAUCCUGAGCUCCCAGUAAGAAGAAGCAGUAAGGAGCGCCUGCAGCCACGCAUGUCUGGAGUGACCAGAGAGGACUUCUUGCAGUAUUACUGCCACUUCACACUGGAUCCAAACACUGCAAACAGACACCUUUUUCUGUCUGAGGGGAACAGAAGGGUGAAGAGGAGAGAUGACGCCCCCCAGUCAUAUCCAGAUCAUCCAGAGAGAUUUGAUGACAGGUGGGGACAGGUGCUGUGUGAAGAGGGUGUGUCUGGACGCUGCUACUGGGAAGUUGAGCGGAGUGGGCGAAAGUGGGUUAGUAUAGCCGUGUCCUACAAAACCAUAAGCCGCAAAGGAAAACAAAAUGACUGCUGGUUUGGAAACAAUGAUCAGUCCUGGACACUUUUUACUGAUCCCAGUGGUAUAUGGUUGGCCCACAAUAAUAAAACCACAAAACUCCCUCAAGAGGCUAGCUCCAGAGUAGGAGUGUAUGUGGACCACAGGGCAGGGACUCUGGCCUUCUACAGCAUCUCUGACACCAUGAUGACACUCCUGCACAAAGUCCAGACCACAUUCUCUCACUCACUCUACCCAGGGUUUGGGUUAGCGGUUGGAUCAUCAGUGAAGCUCACAUAGCACACAUAUGCAGGGCAGUCAUGGGUGAGCGGUUAGGGCGUCAGACUUGCAUCCCAGAGGUUGCCGGUUCGACUCCCGACCCGCCAGGUUGGUGGGGGGAGUAAUCAACCAGUGCUCUCCCCCAUCCUCCUCCAUGACUGAGGUACCGUGAGCAUGGUACCGUCCCACCGCACUGCUCCCCAUGGGGCGCCACUGAGGGCUGCCCCCUUGCACGGGUGAGGCAUAAAUGCAAUUUUGUUGUGUGCAGUGUGCAGUGUUCACUUGUGUGCUGUGGAGUGCUGUGUCACAAUGACAAUGGGAGUUGGAGUUUCCCAAUGGGCUUUCACUUUUUCUUUCACUUUUCUUUUUCACUCUCCAGGUGUGUUGUGUGGCUCCACAGAUGCACACUGUACUGUAUGUGUACCACAUCCAUAUCUCUGCACAUAAUUUUCCAUAUUGACCGUUUUUGUCACAUUGACUAAAAGUCUAUCUUGAUUUACCCGUCACACACACAUGUUGUAACAUGAACUCACAGAAAUCUGUGAAAUGAACAUGGUCCCUUGGGGUCACACAAUCUCUGGCGGUUCCUGGAUUGUGCCAAAACAUUUCUGAUGGGGAUCACAGUUCUAUG